AUGGCAUCCAAACUCUUCCAGCCCCUCAAGAUUGGCAAGGCCAAGUUGUCCAACCGCUUGGCCAUGGCUCCUUUGACCAGAUUCCGCGCCGAUGAUGAGCACGUCCAACUCCCUUUCGUCAAGGACUACUACUCCCAGCGCUCCAGCGUUCCUGGCACUCUGAUCAUCACUGAAGCCACUCCUAUCUCGGCUCGUGCUGGUGGUUACAACAAUGUCCCCGGUAUCUACACUGAUGCUCAAAUCAAGGCCUGGAAGGAGAUUGUCGACUCUGUCCACGCCAAAGGAGGUGUUAUCUACAUGCAGCUGUGGGCCCUUGGACGCACUGCUGACCCUAGCGCACUCAAGAAGGAUGGUUACGAGCUCUGCUCCUCUUCAGACAUCCCCAUGAGCGACAACUCGCCCAAGCCUCGUCCUCUGACCGAGGACGAAAUCCAGAUUCUCAUCAAGGACUAUGCCAAUGCUGCUAAGAACGCUAUUGACGGUGCUGGCUUCGACGGUGUUGAGAUACAUGGAGCCAAUGGCUACCUGAUUGAUCAGUUCACUCAGGAUACUUGCAACAAGCGCGAAGACAGAUGGGGCGGCAGUGUUGAGAACCGCACCCGCUUCGCUCUUGAGGUCACCAAGGCCGUUGUUGACGCUGUUGGCGCUGACAAGACUGGCAUCAGACUCUCUCCUUGGUCUCCUUUCCAGGGCAUGAAGAUGGAUGACCCCGUCCCUACUUUCACUCACCUCGUCAACGGACUUAACGAGCACAGGCUCGCUUACCUCCACUUGGUUGAGUCCAGAAUCCAGGGCAACGCCGACGUUGAGUCGACUGAGAAGAUUGACUUUGCUGUUGACGCCUGGGGCAAGACAUCUCCUAUCCUGAUCGCCGGUGGUUUCCGCACCGAUAGCGCCUACCGUGCUGCUGAUGAGGAGUACGCUGACAAGGACGUUGUCAUCGUCUUUGGCAGAUACUUCAUCUCCAACCCCGACCUGGUCUACCGUGUCAAGCAGAAGAUCCCACUUGCCGACUACGACCGUGACACCUUCUAUGCCGCCAAGAGCGAGAAGGGUUACACCGACUACCCCUUCAGCGAGGAGUUCCAAAAGGAGUCCAAGCUGUAG